AAGAGGAGAAAAAGAACAACAACAAAAGAAUAUUUUGUGGAUGCUCUACUUUUCUUGGAAAUGCAAAAGAUUAUGCAUAUUUCUGUCUUCCUUUCUCCUGUUUUUUGGGGACUGAUUUUCGGUGUUUCUUCUAACAGCAUACAGAUAGGGGGGUUAUUUCCAAGGGGCGCCGAUCAGGAAUACAGUGCAUUUCGGGUAGGGAUGGUUCAGUUUUCCACUUCAGAGUUUAGGCUGACGCCCCACAUCGACAAUCUGGAGGUAGCCAACAGCUUUGCAGUCACCAAUGCUUUCUGCUCCCAGUUUUCAAGAGGUGUCUAUGCUAUUUUUGGAUUUUAUGACAAGAAGUCUGUAAAUACCAUUACAUCCUUUUGUGGAACUCUUCAUGUCUCCUUCAUCACUCCCAGCUUCCCAACAGAUGGAACACAUCCGUUUGUCAUUCAGAUGAGACCUGACCUCAAAGGAGCUCUUCUUAGCUUGAUUGAAUACUACCAGUGGGACAAAUUUGCAUACCUUUAUGACAGUGAUCGAGGCUUAUCAACAUUGCAAGCUGUCCUGGAUUCUGCUGCUGAGAAGAAAUGGCAAGUGACUGCUAUCAAUGUAGGGAAUAUUAACAAUGACAGGAAAGAUGAAACCUACCGGUCCCUGUUUCAAGAUCUAGAAGUGAAAAAGGAAAGGCGCGUAAUUCUCGACUGUGAGCGUGACAAAGUCAAUGACAUUGUAGACCAAGUUAUUACCAUUGGAAAACAUGUUAAAGGGUACCAUUAUAUCAUUGCUAAUCUGGGAUUUACUGAUGGAGAUUUAUCAAAAAUUCAAUUUGGAGGAGCAAAUGUCUCAGGAUUUCAGAUCGUUGACUAUGAAGAUUCUCUAGUGUCCAAGUUUGUGCAGAGAUGGUCAACACUGGAGGAAAAGGAAUAUCCUGGAGCUCACACGAGUACAAUUAAGUAUACUUCUGCUCUGACUUAUGAUGCUGUCCAGGUGAUGACUGAAGCUUUCCGUAAUCUGCGUAAGCAAAGGAUUGAAAUCUCCAGACGAGGAAAUGCUGGAGACUGUCUUGCAAACCCUGCUGUUCCCUGGGGACAAGGAGUAGAGAUAGAAAGGGCACUAAAACAGGUUCAAGUGGAAGGUCUUUCAGGAAACAUAAAGUUUGACCAGAAUGGAAAAAGAAUAAAUUACACAAUUAACAUCAUGGAGCUCAAAACUAAUGGGCCUCGGAAGAUUGGAUAUUGGAGUGAAAUGGACAAAAUGGUGGUGACACUUACUGAAAUCCCUUCAGGGAAUGACACCUCUGGAUUAGAGAAUAAGACUGUUGUUGUCACCACAAUCUUGGAAUCCCCAUAUGUCAUGAUGAAGAAAAAUCAUGAAAUGCUAGAAGGCAAUGAGCGAUAUGAAGGCUAUUGUGUGGAUUUGGCUGCAGAGAUUGCCAAACACUGUGGAUUCAAAUACAAGUUGACUAUUGUUGGGGAUGGCAAGUAUGGGGCCAGGGACGCAGAUACAAAAAUUUGGAACGGGAUGGUUGGAGAGCUUGUUUAUGGGAAAGCCGAUAUUGCAAUUGCCCCAUUAACUAUUACACUGGUGAGAGAAGAGGUGAUUGACUUUUCUAAGCCCUUCAUGAGCCUCGGGAUCUCAAUUAUGAUCAAGAAGCCUCAGAAGUCCAAACCAGGAGUGUUUUCGUUUCUUGAUCCCUUAGCCUAUGAAAUCUGGAUGUGCAUUGUCUUUGCCUACAUUGGGGUCAGUGUAGUUUUAUUCCUGGUCAGCAGAUUCAGCCCCUACGAGUGGCACACUGAGGAGUUUGAAGAUGGACGAGAAACACAAAGUAACGAGUCAACUAAUGAAUUUGGGAUAUUUAAUAGUCUCUGGUUUUCCCUGGGUGCCUUUAUGCAGCAAGGAUGCGAUAUUUCGCCAAGAUCCCUGUCUGGGCGCAUUGUUGGAGGUGUGUGGUGGUUCUUUACCCUCAUCAUAAUCUCAUCCUACACGGCUAACUUAGCUGCCUUCCUGACCGUAGAGAGGAUGGUGUCUCCCAUUGAAAGUGCUGAGGAUCUUUCCAAGCAAACAGAAAUUGCUUAUGGAACAUUAGACUCUGGCUCCACAAAAGAGUUUUUUAGGGUGCUGGCAGCUGGAGGCUGUAGGGCUCUGGCAUUUUACCUGUUGCUGAGCUGGGAUCCCAGUGGUGGUGUCUGGCUUGUGCUGAGGCCAAGUGGGGUUUUUCUGCAUUUCCCCAUGGCUGCCCUAAAACAGGGGGAGGUCUGGGUGCUGGAGGAUGCCUGCCCUCUAGCCUGUGACUCCUGCCCACCCAGGGCUCCCCUGGAACACAAGGAGGUCUGGGUGCUAGAGGAUGCUUACCCACCUAGGGCUGUACUGAAUCACAUGGAGGUCUACUGCUGGGUGAUACCUGCACAUCCCAGUCUGCAUCGACCCAAGUGGUGGUUCUCAGAGCUGGAGUCUACUGGUUCUCCCAGCUAUGCUAAGUUUCAAGGUGGUGUAAAAUCACAAGCACCAUCGACCAAUCAGCUUUUAGAAGAAGAAACCGGCCUAACUGCAAAGCUCCCGAUAAAGCGGGCCCAGGCUGAAACCAGCUCAAACCGGUCAGGGUCAAGGGACGGCAACCGACUUUUUUUUUAA